UUCCAGGAGAUACUAGAACUCCACGGCACGCAGAUGCCAUUGCCAUUGCCCUCCUUUCUCUUACCAAAACCACGCCUCCUCCGCCGCCGCCGCAAAACCCUCUCCGCCGCCGAUCCGCUCCUCCUCCGCGCGCGCGUGGCCGGACGCCCCCCCCUGACCGGAGAUGGUGCUGUGGGAGCUGACGGCGAUCACGGCCUACUUCCUGGGGCUCAGGCGGACCUACCGCCUCGCGCUCCGCCUCCAGCGCCGCCUCAUCGGCCCCAACCACCCCAGGAUCCGCCACUUCGUCUACAGGCGCACACGGGAUGUUUUCAAUGUUGCAGUCUCAGUGCACAAGAACAUUCAGCAGAGAGACCUAGAAGUUGGUCGGAACCUUGGUAACAUGAUCCUUCGCUGGCUUGACCGCAUGAAGCCAUCGGCACAGAUUCGUCCUCAUCCUCCAGGCCCAACAAAUGGCAGCUCAGAGCAAUUCAGGCAUCUUUCGAGUACAAGCAAGAGCACAGCAGCUCAGAAAUCUGCAUCCAAAGCUUCACCACAUGACAGUGGAAAGAUGUUGUUUUCACCUCUGAAUAUUCGACCCAAGUCCUUCCCUGUUCUACCUACAAUGAUGCAGCCGACCAAGAUUAGUGUUAGCAGCCAGUGUAGGCGGAUUUCCUACUCAUCAUUCCCUUCUGCCACCGCAAAGAGGAAGGAUUUCGUUGAGGGUGUGUUUCGCAAGGACAUUGCACAGCUAAUGGUGUGAUGGUAUAUACUUUCCUGGAAUUGAAAGUUCAUUUGACUUAAUUUUCGCGUAGAACAGGAAUCUCAUGACUCAUGGGUGAUGGGUCCUGCAAUAAUAAAGGUCUGAAGAAGAUUUUUGUUGCUCAACCAGUUUAGCAGUAGAUUUUCUAACCAAUGCUCAAACGACAGUAUGUGAUGUUCCAUAAUGGAUAUGUCUACUCCAUUAAUCCUUGAAAUGUGCAAAAGGAUAUAUGAGGACUGAAACAUUAUAUCAGUUUCUC